AUGAAAGAAGGUGUCAAGGAUGUGAAUAUACCUGAUCUCAUAAAGCAGCUUAAUAUCUUAGGUGAUAAUGGGAAUUUAAGAAAUGAAGAGCAAGUGGCUAUAAUUCAGGCCAGCACUGUGCUGUCCCUGGCAGAAAAGUGGAUCCAGCAAAUUGAAGGAGCAGAGGCUUCCCUGCAUCAGAAAAUGAAGGAAUUGGAAAGUGACAUGGCACAAUUCUGCAAAAUCAAAGGCUCUCUGGAGGAAGAGCUAGACUACAGGAAACAAGCCCUCGACCAAGCAUAUAUGAGAAUCCAGGAACUAGAAGCAACUUUGUACAAUGCUCUGCAGCAAGAAACUGUUAUUAAAUUUGGUGAAUUAUUAAGUGAAAAGCAGCAGGAGGAGCUGAGGACAGCAGUGGAAAAGUUACGGCGGCAGAUGCUGAGGAAGAGCAGAGAGUACGAUUGUCAGAUUCUCCAGGAAAGGAUGGAGCCCAUCAGAGAAUUCGUGACUUAG